AUGGGCCCCAUCGUGAACUUGGCUAGAAGCAAUCAGUCUUCAGUUGAGGAGUUUGUCCUCUUGGCUUUUUCCCAUGUUCCCAGGCUCAAGCCAGUUCUCUUUGUGUUGUUUCUGGGGAUGUUUCUAAUCACAAUGCAAGGAAAUGGCCUCAUUGUACUCUUGACUGUGGUCGACACUGCCCUCCACACACCUAUGUAUUUUUUCCUCAGGAACCUAGCCCUGGUGGAGAUCUGCUUUUCUUUGGACAUUGUGCCCAGGAUGCUGGUAAGCUUGGUGGCUGGAAGGGGCAUCUCCCUGGUGGGCUGUGCCCUCCAGCUGUUUCUCAUUCUGUCCUGUGUCACCUCAGAGUGUUUCCUCCUGACAGUGAUGGCCUAUGACCGCUACGUGGCCAUCUGCCACCCCCUGCACUAUGGGGUCCUCAUGAACCAGAGACUCUGCCUCCUUCUGGCAGCGGCGUGCUGGGUGGCGGGCAUCCCCGUUUCCCUGCUGUUCACCAUUUGGCUCUUCCACUUCCCAUUUUGUGGACCCCGAGGGGUUCGCCACUUCCUCUGCGAUGUGGCACCACUGCUGAGGCUGGUGUGUGCUGACACGGCUGUCUUUGAGACCUACAUUCUUGUGGCCACAGUGCUUGUCAUGAUGGUGCCUUUCUCCCUCAUCACUGUGUCCUACAGCCGUGUCUUGGCUGCAGUUGUCCAGAUGCCCUCGGCCACUGGGCGCCAUAAAGCCCUCUCCACCUGUGCUGCCCACCUUAUUGUUGUGGCUCUCUUCUAUGGCACAGCUUGCGUCAUCCACCUCCAGCCCAAGUCCAGCUACUCUCCUGAGAACAAGCAGGUUGUGUCCUUGUCCUAUAUGCUCGUCACUCCCAUGCUCAACCCCAUCAUCUACAGCCUGAGGAACAAAGAGGUGAAAGCUGCCCUGUGGAGGGUGUUGGGUAGGAAAAAAGCGGGUGCCCAGAUGACUUGA